UAUGCAUGAGCACUACUGCUCCAAGUCGGGAGGGUGUUUUCUUAAGGAGGCUCAGUAGCGAAGGCAAUUUCACUUUGGUAGCCUUUCAGUCAAGUUAUAGGAAGCAUCAGUCCACAGAAUUGCAGGUGGGGACACCUAAUGGAUGUGGGAUGUCAACAAUGUGGAGGAGCGCUUGUUUUGUAGGCAUUUGUCCAGUCUGCAUUUCAUUAUUCCACUGGAAUUUUUGAGGUCAUGAGUCAAAGUGAUGCUCCCCGGCCACUAAAUUGGACUAUUCGGAAGCUUUGCCAUGCUGCCUUUCUGCCAUCUGUCAGACUUCUUAAGGCUCAGAAGUCAUGGAUAGAAAGAGCAUUUUACAAACGGGAAUGUGUUCAUAUUAUACCCAGCGCCAAAGACCCCCAUAGGUGUUGCUGUGGACGCCUAAUAGGUCAACAUGUGGGACUUACGCCGAGUAUCCCUGUUAUACAGAAUGAGAAAAAUGAAAGCCGGCUUAGUCGAAAUGACCUCCAGUCAGAAAAGUGGUCAAUCAGCAAGCACACUCAGCUCAGCCCAACUGAUGCCUUUGGAACCAUUGAAUUCCAAGGAGGAGGUCACUCAAAUAAAGCCAUGUAUGUGCGUGUGUCUUUUGACACAAAGCCAGAUCUUCUUCUUCACUUGAUGACCAAGGAAUGGCAACUUGAGCUACCCAAGCUUCUCAUCUCUGUGCAUGGAGGUCUCCAGAAUUUUGAACUUCAGCCAAAACUCAAACAAGUUUUUGGGAAAGGUCUCAUCAAAGCUGCCAUGACUACUGGGGCAUGGAUAUUUACUGGAGGAGUAAACACAGGAGUUAUUCGACAUGUUGGUGAUUCCCUGAAAGACCAUGCCUCCAAAUCUAGAGGGAAGAUCUGCACAAUUGGUAUUGCUCCCUGGGGAAUUGUAGAAAACCAAGAGGAUUUGGUUGGCAAAGAUGUAGUUCGGCCAUACCAAACGAUGUCCAAUCCACUGAGUAAACUGACUGUACUAAACAGCAUGCACUCUCAUUUUAUUUUGGCUGAUAAUGGGACUACUGGCAAAUAUGGUGCAGAAGUAAAACUUCGCAGGCAAUUGGAAAAGCACAUUUCACUUCAGAAGAUAAAUACGAGGAUAGGGCAAGGGGUUCCAGUAGUGGCUCUCAUUGUGGAAGGAGGACCCAAUGUAAUUUCUAUUGUCCUAGAAUAUCUACGUGACUCUCCCCCAGUUCCAGUUGUAGUUUGUGAUGGCAGUGGUCGAGCAUCUGACAUCCUUGCCUUUGGACACAAGUACUCUGAAGAAGGAGGUCUUAUCAAUGAAUCCCUGAGAGAUCAGUUGCUUGUUACCAUCCAGAAGACCUUCACCUACACUCGGACCCAGGCACAGCAUCUCUUCAUAAUCCUCAUGGAAUGCAUGAAGAAGAAGGAACUGAUUACGGUAUUUCGCAUGGGAUCAGAAGGACACCAGGACAUUGAUCUAGCCAUUUUGACAGCUUUGCUAAAAGGAGCUAAUGCAUCUGCCCCAGAUCAACUGAGUCUAGCAUUAGCCUGGAACAGAGUAGACAUCGCUCGCAGCCAGAUUUUUAUUUACGGACAACAAUGGCCGGUGGGGUCCCUUGAACAAGCAAUGCUCGAUGCCUUGGUGCUGGACAGAGUGGAUUUUGUGAAAUUGCUCAUAGAGAAUGGAGUAAGCAUGCACCGUUUUCUCACCAUCUCCAGACUAGAAGAAUUGUACAAUACGAGACAUGGACCAUCCAAUACAUUGUAUCAUCUUGUCAGAGAUGUCAAAAAGCGUGAAUAUCCAGGUUUCGGGUGGAUCUAUUUUAAGGGAAAUCUACCUCCAGAUUAUAGGAUAAGUCUGAUUGAUAUUGGCCUGGUGAUUGAGUACCUGAUGGGAGGAGCUUAUCGCUGUAAUUAUACUAGGAAACGCUUCCGAACCCUCUAUCACAACUUGUUUGGCCCCAAGAGACCCAAAGCCCUGAAACUCCUGGGAAUGGAGGAUGAUGUUCCCGUACGAAGGGGAAGGAAGACAACUAAAAAACGAGAGGAGGAAGUAGAUAUUGACUUGGAUGACCCUGAGAUUAACCAUUUCCCAUUCCCUUUCCAUGAGUUGAUGGUAUGGGCUGUUCUUAUGAAGAGGCAGAAAAUGGCCCUCUUCUUUUGGCAACAUGGAGAGGAAGCAAUGGCUAAGGCUUUAGUAGCCUGCAAGCUCUGCAAAGCUAUGGCCCAUGAAGCAUCAGAAAAUGAUAUGGUAGAUGAUAUAUCUCAAGAACUGAACCACAACUCCAGGGACUUUGGCCAGCUGGCAGUGGAGCUGUUGGACCAAUCCUACAAGCAGGAUGAGCAGCUGGCAAUGAAACUGCUGACCUAUGAGCUGAAGAACUGGAGCAAUGCCACAUGCCUACAACUCGCGGUGGCAGCAAAGCACCGAGAUUUCAUUGCCCACACUUGUAGUCAAAUGCUGCUCACAGACAUGUGGAUGGGCAGGCUUCGUAUGCGUAAAAAUUCAAGCCUAAAGGUAAUUCUAGGAAUUCUACUUCCUCCUUCAAUUCUCAGCUUGGAGUUUAAGAACAAAGAUGAUAUGCCUUACAUGUCUCAGGCCCAAGAAAUCCUUCAAGAGAAAGAGCCAGAGGAACCAGAAAAACCAGUUAAAGAAAAAGAAGAGGAGGACAUGGAACUCACAGGCACCAGCAAGAGCUGUCCCCAAGACCUUGCCUGCAGGCAAGCAGAAGGCUCUGCCUACAAGACCCAAAAUUCAGGGAAGCUGAAGACCCUAGGCACAAGAUCAACCUACAGGAACCCUAUGCAGGCAAUGCUGGGACGUGGCAAUGGAGAGUCAUCACGAAAGAAGGAAGAUGAGGAAGUUCACAACCAGCAUAGAUUAAUCCCCUUUGGACGCAAGAUCUAUGAAUUCUACAAUGCACCAAUUGUUAAGUUUUGGUUCUACACUAUGGCAUACAUUGGGUACCUGAUGCUGUUCAACUACAUUGUGUUGGUAAAGAUGGAUCGUUGGCCGUCCACACAGGAGUGGAUAGUAAUCUCAUAUAUAUUUUCAAUGGGUAUAGAGAAGAUGAGAGAGAUAUUAAUGUCAGAACCUGGGAAGCUGCUACAGAAGGUGAAAGUGUGGCUUCAAGAGUACUGGAACGUUACUGAUCUCAUUGCCAUUCUCCUGUUCUCUGUGGGUAUGAUACUUCGCCUCCAGGAUCUGCCACUCAGGAGUGAUGGCCGUGUGAUAUACUGUGUCAACAUCAUUUACUGGUAUAUCCGAUUGCUAGACAUCUUCGGGGUGAACAAGUAUUUGGGGCCAUAUGUAAUGAUGAUUGGGAAAAUGAUGAUAGACAUGAUGUAUUUUGUCAUUAUUAUGCUGGUGGUUCUGAUGAGCUUUGGUGUUGCGAGGCAGGCAAUUCUUUUUCCCAAUGAAGAGCCUUCAUGGAAACUGGCAAAGAACAUUUUUUACAUGCCAUACUGGAUGAUCUAUGGGGAAGUGUUUGCAGACCAGAUAGACCCUCCUUGUGGUCAAAAUGAAACAAGAGAGGAUGGUAAAAUAAUCCAGCUACCACCCUGCAAAACAGGAGCAUGGAUUGUUCCUGCCAUUAUGGCUUGCUACCUCUUGGUUGCAAACAUCCUUCUAGUGAACUUACUCAUUGCUGUCUUUAACAAUACAUUUUUUGAAGUUAAAUCCAUAUCAAACCAAGUAUGGAAGUUUCAGAGGUAUCAGCUUAUUAUGACAUUCCAUGAAAGACCAGUCUUACCCCCUCCUCUGAUCAUCUUCAGUCACAUGACUAUGAUCUGUCAACAUAUAUGCUGCAGGUGGAGAAAACAUGACAGUGACCCAGAUGAAACAGACUAUGGUUUGAAACUUUUUAUAACAGAUGAUGAACUGAAGAAAGUUCAUGACUUUGAGGAGCAAUGCAUAGAAGAAUAUUUCAGAGAGAAAGACGAUAGAUUCAAUUCUUCCAAUGAUGAAAGAAUCCGUGUUACAUCUGAAAGGGUGGAGAAUAUGGCUAUGAGAUUGGAAGAAGUAAAUGAACGAGAGCACUGCAUGAAAGCUUCACUUCAGACUGUAGACAUCCGGCUUGCUCAAUUGGAAGAUAUGAUAGGGCGAAUGGCUACAGCAUUAGAUAAGUUGACUGGCCUGGACAGAGGAGAAACCACUAAAAUACGCUCUCGAACAUCCUCUGACUGUACUGACACAGCCUACAUUGUCAGACAGAGCAGUUUCAACAGCCAGGAAGGGAAUGCAUAUAAACUUCAAGAGAGUAUUGAUCCCCCUGGAGAAGAGUCUAUGUCACCAACCUCUCCAACAGUAAUGCCCCGCUUACGAAGUCACUCUUUCUAUGCAAUGAACAUGAAGGACAAGUGUGCAUUGGAAAAGUUUGAAAGUAUUUUUAAAGAAAGGACAGUGAGCCUCCAUCGUGCUAGUAGCUCUCAUUCAAUGUCAAAAGAGCAAAAAGUACCUGUAGUGCCUACAAGCACUCUAUCGAUUGCCCCAGACUUCAGAAGGCCUUCCUCCUGCAUAGACAUUUAUGUCUCUGCCAUGGAUGAACUGCAGUCUGUUAUAGAACCCCUAGACAGUUCAAUGAACAUACUUGGAACUGGAGACCCAGCUCUUCAAGCCCAGAUAGCCUCUAGUGUUCUCUCAAGUAGCGCCUAUGUAACUGGUACUCCUGGUGACAAAAUUUCAGGAAAGAGUAUUGAUUAUGAAGACCCCUCUUCAAUGGAAACAAGAGUUUUUUCUUCAGACUAUUCACAAAUCACAGACACUCAAAAUCCCUGGGACUCUGACCCUCCCCUGUAUCAUGCCUUAGAGCGAUCUAAAAGCAGCCGAUACUUGGCUACUUCUCCAUUUCUUCUGGAGGAACCACCUAUCAUCAAAUCUCAAAGUUUCAUGUUCUCUCCUUCUAGAAGCUACUUUAGCAGCCUUGGAGUUCCAGUCAAAACAGCAGAGUAUACAAGCAUUACAGACUGCAUAGAUACCAGGUGUGUCAGUACUCCUCAAACCAUCUCAGAAAGGUCCAGUUUCCCUGGAACUCAUGGAGACAAGAUAGAUGACUUAGGAUGCUGUCACCCAGAGAGAGAAGCAGAACUAAGUCACCCAAGCUCUGAUAAUGAGGAUAUCGAAACCAAAGACAAAAGAGCGGUUUCCUUGUCUCCUCAAGAUAGUAGCAAUACAUCAAGAACAUUGUCCAAUAAUAUACCACUUCCAAAAAUAGAGCGGGCCAACAGUUAUUCUGCAGAUGAAUCCAAUUUGUUGUAUGCACACACAAAGAAAAGUUAUUCUAUCAGUGACAAACUUGAUAGGCAGCGUAAUGUGACAAGUCUCCGAAAUACAUUCCAGAGGAGCAAGUCAUCCAAACCAGAGAACAGGGGGGACACCUUGUCUAUGAGAAGACUCUCAAGAACAGGAGCCUUCCAUAGUUUUGAAAACAAGCACAGUUAGGGGUAACACAUGUGUAACAAGACGAAUUGCCUGAGAAUUCUGUCUGCUGUCCAGUUUGUUUCCUUAGCAGAACGAUGUAACCUCAGAUCAUAACAUGUCAGCAACAACUGGAUCUGCCACCAGUCAAGUUAGCACUUUGGUGAUCUCUGUGCCAAGCACUGAAGUUCUAUAUCUUGACCUUGUUGAACUUUGCACUUAAUGGGGGGGGGGAGGGGAGGGGAGGGGAGGGGAGGGGUGACAAAGUCAUUACUUUUUAAAAAACCUUUAUGACAUCAUGCAUACAUGAGUGAUUAAUUUCAGAAAUAUGCUUUUCAGAAAAGGAAUAUAUUGGUUAAACAAAGAAAAACAAAACACAUACAUAUUAAGAGGGUAAUGUUUUCAUUUUGAUUAUGCUGACUUUUACACCAGAACCAUUGUUGUAAUGGUUUAUGAAGGGCAUCUUUGUACUAUUCUAUAAGAACCAAAAGCAAAUCCGAUCUUAAAUUCCCUCAGUCUUUUCACAUCCCUAUAUUUCUGUCUGAUCAAUGUAAAGUGGAACAAGUUACCAAUCACCCGAGUUCACCUGUCUCUUUUUUGUAUUAACUGCUAGUGCCACAAAUCUUUAUAUUUUCAAGAAGGGAAGAAAAGAAAUGCCUUUUGUAUAGCACCAUGAUUGAAAGGGAAGAAUUUCUAUUAUAAAUACUCACAUGAUUUCCUGUACUAAACAGGCAUUUUAGCACAGUUGAGCAAGCUCAGGAUGAAUGUAAUUAACUGGAACAGUAAAUAUUUAUUUUUUUAAUCAUCACUUGUCCUCAGUUUAGAAAAUAUUUCAUGGAACCUUGUCAAACUGUUAUGCUAAAUUGGUGAAAAUAGGAGCAGGACUGAUUUCAUGCUCACACUGUUCUGUGCAACACUUCCAUACUGUUAUUCCUGUAUUUGCAUUAAUUGUGACUUGGGGGAAGGAGUCAUUGCCAUCUUGUUCUAACUUUUCCACCAUUGAGCUGUCAUUAUUUCUUGUUCAGGCCUGGUUGUAACAACAUUUCAAUAAUUAUAGUACUGUGUGGAAGUUUAUCACAUGGUGUGAUCUUGGAUGAGUACAGAACAACUGGAGAUGUUGAAUGAUGUUCUUUUCUGACCAAACAAAGACUUUUAGAGGUUAGUUAAAACACCAAAGUGAAAUUAAGAUUUCUGAUGACUGCAAAAGCCAUUCCUAUAAAAUAUGCUUCCAUUGUACAGAAAGGAAAAAUAGCAAGAUAUUAAACCUGUCCCAGGAAUUCAAGAGCUGAGCCACUCCCCAACCCCCACCCCCACCCCAACUCUGAGGCCUCUCCUCCAACAGAAUCUGCAGUAACCCCUGGGGUUGAAGGUGGCUAAUUACUGCUGAUAACGCAGGGUAAUACAGCAACAAGAUUACAGUGCCCUCCAGAAGAAGCCACCUUAAUUAUGAAACACAUUUAAAGAAAGAAUGUAAUAAUUAAGUAGUACAAUACUACACCCAUGCAUACAUGUCACUCUGCUUCAUUCCUGAUUAAUAUAUACGUUGGGUUUUAAAACAAGCUUUGAGGUAAUUAAUCUGCAUUCAAUUGGACAUUGACUAAAUUUCUUUAAGCAUUUUUAAUAAUCUCAACCUAAAAUAUUUUGUGUUAUCAGCUCUCUAAUGGAGGAUUAAGCACCAUAAAGUAUAAGCAUUCAACUCUGGAUGUCUAUAUUUGUCUAGUUUAUCAACAGAUGAAAGAAAACAUUAUAAACUGCCACUUUUUGAACAUAGUUGCAUGCUGAUUUAAAAUACAAAAACAACAAAAACAGCCAGCUGACUAGAGUCUUUUAUUAAUCUAACAGUCCUAUUAUAGUUACCCGGUUUAUUUGCAGUGUUCUCUUCUGAAAUCUUUUGUCAUAGAUCAAGAGAAGUAUUUGUGCCUGGUCUGAGUGCGUGACAAACAUCACUUAGGAUGUGCUGAUUGUUAAACCUCAUGGACAAAGCAAUGCAUUUUCCUUGAUAAAUGGCUUCAAAUGUGCCAACUUUCACAAAGCUAAGUAGACAUUACAUCCAAAAAGGCUCCAUCCUCAACGUUUUGUUGCUUAAUAAAAACUUCAGCAAAGGGGUCACUUAACCCUUUCUUAUGUCCUGUUUCCCCUGUUUAAAUCACACCCAAAGUAUGUCCUUUUUCUUGGGAUUUCAAAUACUUUUUGGGCCAGUAUUAGUUUAAAAGAAAACAGCAUUCUGAUACAUAUGUCUUGUACAAUGGCAUAUAUUUGGCCACUACAUCUAGGAUUUUAGCUAAAAUGUUCUUUCUCUGAUGCUUUUCCAUUUUAAUUCCUCUUCUAAGGCUAUUUCAUGCUCAUUGUAAUCAUUUCACAUGAAUCUGCUUGACAGUAGAGCCUCCCAUUGUUUUGCCAAUAUCUGUUGAAUUAAAUUUCAUUUGGAUUAUUAAAAUGUAACUCCAUGCUGCCUUAUUCAUGCUUUUGGACAGCCCAGAACUAUAAAAAAAAUGUAAAUUUAUUCCACAUGUUACAGCCAAUCUGUUUCUAAUUCACAGUGGAAGGCCACUUUGCCCAACCUGAAAGGAGACCAUAUUUGUUAUCUUCUGCUUCUCAAUUCUGCUGCUUGCACACUAUUUUAAACAGUACCCUAUCCUUUACAAAGAACUUCAAGAAGGAAAAGAGGCAAAUAUCCAUUCUGAGAGCAAGCUGAGUGACUAUAGUGGAGUGGUUAAUGUAUUGGCUCAGAAUCUUGGAAAUUUUUACUUGCACCAUGAACUCACUGGUUGAUCUUAGGCAGUCACUUUAGGUAGCAACAUUAUGAUGCUGUUAGUCAUACUACUUUUGUUGCAAAGGAGGAUCCUUUGUUCAGCUAACUAGCUCUCUCUUUUCCAGCUCAGUGACUAGUAUGCUGGUAAUAUUUUUUUAUGACAAUACUUUUUGACUCUCCAGCUUGGCAGUACCCCUUCCCUCUCUAGCACACAUUAGUCAGAAAAACAGCCAUAAAUAUUCUGUCAUUCACUUCUUUAAGUAAAAUAUACAGAAUCAUCUUACAAUUACAUUCUUUGCAAGCCAACAUGUUGUAUGAAGAAUUAAAGUAAAACUAAAAUUUAAAUCCCCAGUAGAAGGAAUCAAGAAUCUUUGGUUGUGAUCAUAUCCAUGCUCUCAAAUAGCAAGGUUACUUGAACAGUAAAGAAUAUAGUUAAAUAUUUAAUGUCAGUAUGCCCAAGCUUCCUCUUGUACGGUCAAGGGCCAAUUAUAAAAUUCACAUGGCCAACUGAUACAUAUGGUCAGGGAGUUCAAAAAUUAAAUGUAUCUUUAACAAACCAAGUGUAUUGUUUUGUUUGAAUUUAACAAACUAUGGUUUGUUCUUCUCCCCCCAAACCCAACUGCAAUUCAUGGUUUAAUCUUUUUUUUUAAUGGAAAAAGAAUGGACCAUAGUUUUCUGUGAAGGUCUAAGCACAAGAGAGAAGGGGGAGAAAAGAAAAGGAGCACAAAAGUCCCAAAAUCAUCCAUGUCUGAUGAUAUAACAACAAAAUCAUGGUCUGUUGUUACAUCAUAACCAUGACCCAGUGAAGUAAACUGGGGUGAAGUAUUUUACUACUGGAGUACGCUACUAUAUUUGGAAACAUAGAUGUGGGCACAACCUUACUCUUCUGCUUUCAAAAUAUGUCAUUAUGGAUAUGUGGGGGGAUAUAAAAAUGUGUAUUCAAAUUACCUGUUUGUAAAAAACACUUUUCUAAAAAUGUUUCCAGUUAUUUCUAAACCAUUAUACCUGUUAUGACGGUUCCUGUGAAUAUGUCCUGUGAACAUAGUUUUUAUGAGGUAUUAACCGCACUGGUUGUAUCCUACCACUCUGCUCAGCUAAGUGUGGGGCCUUCUCCCAACAAAAAGAGACCUCUUUUUUCCUCAAGCACUACUGCUUUUGCUAGGUGCCAUGCUUAGCUGAGUGAAGUGGUAAAAUACAAGUACACACCCAUUUUAGUAUCAUGUAUCAACUGUUGCAUUAGUUUCUGGGUAGAAGAAGGAAAAAUGAGUGUAGCCUCAUUUAUCCAAAGGACUGAGGAUAGGAGGAGAUCCUGAAAGUCGAGAUAAAUAUCAGCCUAACAUUGAAAUGAAGAGAAAAGCCGCAUUGUCAUGAGGAUACCUAGGAGACCACCAACUGGUUUUGAUAAUCAGAUGCUCCAAUAUUUUAUGUUCUUAAUACUAUACUAUGAAAUAUUUGUAUCCCAUGUAUUAUCCAGUCUGAUGGUGACAUGUUGUCAUGUUAGUGAAUGCUAUAGGAUUGCAUUUGACCCUGCGCUGUACUGUCAAAUGUUAAUUAGCCUGUAACAUUCAGUAAUACCACACAUGUUCUGCUAGCCCAAAAUUGCCAACAUUAUACAAUAUGCAUUUGUUGGGGAGUCACAAUCUGUAGCUGCUGUGUGUUUCACUUUCUUCUAUAUAACUUCCACCACUGAUGUUUAUGAGCUGACAUAUAAUUCUCCAAUGAGCCACUGUGAGCUGUGAUAGAGCAUUUUGAUCAUGUGAGAGAACAAACUGGCAUGUUAUGCAAAAGAUAUAACUAAUUUUAAAGUAAUAUUUUAAAAACUUGAUUGAGUUAGUUGUUUGUUUACAUACGCUGGACAAUUAAGGAAGCAGUGUACAAUAUUUUAAAAAUAUUUUCAUAUAGUGACUCAUUCUGUUGUUUCCAGUUUAAGUGAUGCUAUUCUAUAGUUGGGUAUACACAUGUCCUAGAUAUUGAAUUAUAGCACAUGAUUCUUUCACAAUAAUAGUGUGUUAAUGACUGAAACAGUUUCUUCCUUAAAUUUCAGUCUUAUUUUGUGCCGAUUAAAAUGCAUGCAUUGUUCCAUUAUUCCUUUGGACUGCUAUGCGGUUUAAUAUUUCAAUAUUGCCUGCCUGUAAUAAUGAAUCCAGUUGCAAUUAAUGAAUAAUUUUGGACUUUUACCUUAUUUUACAAUACAUUAGUUUUAAUGAAAUUGAUUUUAACAACAGUUUAAUAUUAUAUGAAAUGAAAUAUUGAUCCAUGUGGGUGUUGAACCUACGGUGUCUGACUGAAAUAAUACUGUCAUACUUCAUAACUAACUUUAGCUUAGAUUAAGUAGCAGCAAAGUGCAAAUUACAAAAUUGUAACAUUUGUCAGAAAAAAAUUAAAACCCAUCUAUCUAUCAAAGUCUCUAAAUACUCCAGACAUUUCACUUUUUUAAGCCUGGAGAAAGAUGUAUGUUUGUACUUGUUUGUAUAAGAUGUAUGCCUCUUUCUCAGGGUUUAGGUGCAAUAGGAAACAUAAUUAUUGUGUGAAAAGGCAGGUGAAUAUUAUAUAUUUUGCAAUAUAAAACUGAGACCUAUUCAGUUUUGCAAGCCUGUGUUUAUAUAGAGCAGUCAGAGCUUACACUGCAAAGAGCCUUACAUCCCAAUCCUGCCAUUGUAGAACUGGUUUUACAGGAAGAUGUGUUUUUGCAAAUAUUUAGGAUCUUCAAGCUAAUGGUUUCAAAGAGAUCCCAGUAAUGUCAGGGAAAACUUUCUAGAACAACUGAUUUGAAGAUAAAGUAUCUAACAAUUUGAAUUGACGAGAUGAAUGCCCUUUUUAUUUUUGCUUUGUUUUGUUUUGUUUCCUCACCAAAUUAUAUAUUAGUAGCUCAGCAACCUGGAUUAAGCCCAGUAAGAAUGGAUAAAAUAUUGCUGUAAAAUUGUUAAUAGUUUAAGUAAGAAAUAGCUUUGUUCCAUAUUCUCAGGUUGUUUCUUUCAUGGAUUCAAGAAUCAGUUGAAGGAAAUUACAAGUUAUUGGAUUCCAACAGUUAAAAAAUUCAAGGUUUAUACAGGAUUAAGAGUUUUUGAUGUUUCUGAUAUUUAAAAAAAUGCAUAUAUAUACAUAUGUGCCCAUUUAAGAAGAGAAAUGUAUAUUUUCAGAUUUUAUAAAAGGUCAACAAAAUGGGGUUCCUUUAUAAGUUACCAUGCAGGGAUCAUUUUUGUGGUCCAUCCCUCAAAGAAUUGUCAAAAUGUCCUUAACUUCAAAGGUCCAUCAAAAUUCCAAAGUAUCACAACCCAUAGAAAACACCAAAGAAAAAUCCCAGCACUGACCAUUAUUUUCUUUUUCAUGGCAACUCAAAUUCUGCAUCUCCAAUGGACUGGUGUGGAAAAAACUAAAAGAAAAUAUCUGUGCAGGUUUCAUCAAUUCUUUCUCUCAGUCCUCUUUAAAUCCAAAUAAUUUGUACCUAAAAAGCAUGAUUAUAUUCAGGGGACUAUGUUUGUGACAGGUCUUUUAAUUUAUAGUCUUUAGUGCACGCUGGCAUUUGGCAUGAGCCCAUCUUUUACUUUUCUAAUGGAUAGCUUCAUUCAGGUGUAAAAGUAAAGUCUUUAAUGGACACAUGCUCUGAUCUAGAAUCCUAUGUGCUAUGUGCUGGAAAACUAUUUUGGGUGGGAAAACUCUUGAGUGCUUAUGGGAAGCUCUUGCACUUGAAGCAAAUCACUGGUUAUGGGCAAUAAUUUGGAUGUGCCUCAGUAUAGCUGCAAAUACUUUGGAAACUUGACUGUUCAGCUCUGUACUGCCUUACUGGUUUGAAAAUGGUAACGUAAAGCUAGAUGGACUGAAUCAGCAAAAGCACCUUAGCCAUUGGACUAGAUCAGCCUUAUUUCAGCAGAAAUUGGUGUAAGAAGCCUAAUUGUCCCCCCUUUUUUAAACAAAAGGCAUUGCCUUCAUUUAAUCUACAAGGAAACCCAUUAUUCUUGCUCCUUAAUAUGGUUUGUGCAUGUUUAUUGGAAAACAGUUGCCUGACAGUUGCAGAAUGGGGACAUUGUGGAUAUUAAAACAAUAACUGAAAUAUUGCAGAUGAGAGGAUGUGGAUGUCUUGUAGAUGAGAUGAUGAGAUUCACUCUGUGAUUAUGAGAUUUUUAAAGAGAUAUUUUUCUUUGAUCAUUAUGAUUGUCCAGUAUGAAGGGAUUUCUGUGCUGCUAUUGCUGUCUGGAACAGUGUUUGCAACCUACCCUAUCAGCCAAUAGAAUAUAUAUUAGUAAGAGUAUCAUUUGCAAAUAUUACACAGAAAUUUAUUUAAAAAUAGCCAAGGAAAACAUAAUUUUAAAUUAUUUCCUAGAGGAUUUUAUUUGUUCAACCAUAUAAUAUAUGUAUCUAGGAGAAUGGUCCUUUUAAAGUUCUACUGGAUUCACAAUGCACUUUUAGGCUGUAUAUUUAGAUACAUAAUAAAAAGAAGCUGGCAAUUGCUGCAGUAGGACUUUUGAAAUUUCUGUAACAAAUGUUUUGCAAUAAAAAAGGGAUGUCGUUCAAAACAAAA